AUGAGAGAAGAGCUGUCAAAGCUUCGACUUGAACCUUACACUCACUAUAUUUUUCUUCGAAAAGCAUUAUGUGAGUCAAAAGUAACACGUAUUGAUUUUAAUCGUAAUAAAUUAACAAUCGUCGUUGUUGAAGAUGACGAUAAUGAUCCACGUUUACAACGUGAUUUUGUUUUUUUAUUCCGUUGUUACGAUGAAAAACAAUGCAAACAUUUUUGGAAAUGUGCUUUAGAAUAUCAUAUUUUUUUUCGUACAACAUCAGCAAAUAAAAUUAAACUAAAUUCAAAAUCAAAUUUUACACGUACUGGAUCAAGAUUUCAAUUUAGUGGUCGAACCGAAUGUCAAACAGCAGCAUUAAGAACUUUAACAAGUCGGAAUAUGAAUUUUGAACGGAAAGCAUCUCAUCGUUUUUCACGUCGAGCAUCAUAUGCAAUAAGAAAAAAAAUUCAAGAACAAGAAAUUCUACGUGAACAAGAAGAUGAACGAUUAAGAAAAUUAAAAUUUCAGCAAGAAGCAAAAUUAGAUGAAAAUAAAAAAUCAAUAGAAUUAAAACCUCAAACAAAUUCAUUCGCAUCAAAUCAUAAUGUAACAUUGUUUUGCAAACGUUCAUCAUCACAAAAAAAUUUAAGUUUAUCAGCUACUCAACGUCUUGAUAAUCUUAUUCAAGGAUCUUCGAAUGAAUUAUUAUUGGAGGAAACUGAACAAAAUAUUAAUUUAACAAAUCUUCCUCCUGUACCGCCAAUUCCUCCUCGACAAAUAAAAUCUGAUGAUAAAACAACAACACCACCAUUAAUUCUUAUCAAACAAUCCAAUCCGAAAUUUUAUACAGAUUUAUCAAGUGAAUUUACUUCGAAUAAUCAACAUAUUGAUAAUGAUCAAGCAUUUUUAAUUCAAAGAUCACCACAAAAAAUUUCAACAUCUUUAGCUAAUGGAUUUCAUCAAAGAAACUCAUUACGUAUUGACAAAAUCAACAGCACGUCCAAUCGAUAUACAUUAGCAAAUAGUCAAUCAACACCUUAUGUAGUUAAACAAACAUCUUCGGGUAAUUUGGAAUUGAAUAAAACUAAUAGUAGCAGUCAUAAUAAAAUAUCUUUAUUUAAUAAAUUUCCUCUAUUGUCUUUACCUAUAUCUGAAUUAACAUCGUACGAUGAUAAUCGUGCAUUAUAUGAUAAUAUUUUAAAUUAUUGUCUUAAUCCAUUAAAUGAAUCAAAUUCAAUUUAUUCAAAAUUUGAUUUUCAUCAUCGAAGUUUAAAUUUAUCAAAUCAAGAAGAACAAUUUGAACAACGUUGCGCUAAUUAUGAUAAUUUAUCAUAUCUUGUUAUUGAUGGAAUAUCAUCAAAAAACUUUUCAAAUAGAGGAAAAAUAAAUAUAGCUUCAUGUAAAGAUUAUUUCGACGCUACUAAUAGAUUUAUUUUGAAUGAGAAUGAACAACCUCCUGUUAUAGUAACACGAACAUUAAGUCAAUCAAGUGUUCGUAAUGCAUCAUCAACAAUAGUUCAAGCAACACAUUCAACAUUACCUUCAACACAAUUUAAUCCUCGUAGUUCAUCGUCAUUAAUGACAUUUCCAUCAAAUCAUUCUCAAUCUUAUCAUCCACUUACAACAGAAUUAUAA